AUGUGGAACCUCGGAGCUACCGCCGACGUUGCCGUGCGGGGCCCGAGUAGUUGUCUGAACAGGGGCAGUAAUCACCGGUCCCCGGGAUGCCGUCCCGCACCAGCAGCAGUGAAACGUAGUCAUCGAUCUAAAUUACUCAGUGUUUCAAUGUUAGCCAUCGUAGUAGUGUUAGUGUUAAAUCUCAAUGUUGUCAUAGUAUCGUGUAAGCACCAUCGCCAUCACAGCGCCAACAGCGAAGAGUUCAAGUUCGAUUCAACGAACAGCUUUAUUAGCUUAGUCCUGCCUCACGACACAUAUCCGGGCUACAGCAUUCAGAAGUUUACCGCCAACUUCACCAGUCCAAAUUCGCCGUUUUCAUCGAUUUCGUCCUAUUCGUCGAAGCCGCUCAACUACCGGCUGCUCGAGACGGACUACUCCAAGUACUUCACCGUACUUGACGAUGGUAUGGUGAUGACCACCUCCGAUCUCUCCCCGCUAGUCAAUCGACCGGUCAAACUGGUCGUCCUGGAGGAGACCCCCAAUUCCACUGCCACACACCAGCUUCAGCUGUACAUUAUGAACCGCAAGGAUAUGCUGCAUUUUCCCAGUGCACUCGGUGAAACCGUCGGUGAAGUGAGUGAAAACAAAAACCCCGGAACGCGAGUUCGUGAACUUCCGCUUCUGCAGGCAAACUCCGCGCGCGGUGCCAAAUCGGUUAUUUAUUCGAUCGUGAACGGUAACAACGGGCAUGAGUUUGCACUGGAAGACAGCAGCAAUGGGGAGAUCAAGAACACGGUCCGCAUUGACGAUACGAGAAAGCACGGUGUUUGGCUGGUGACGAACAAACCACUGGAUCGCGAAACCAAAGACGAAUACACAAUCGUGAUAGAAGCCACCGACCUGAAGAGAAUCAACAGAGCUGAAGUGAAACUAAAGGUCAAGGUCUUGGACGUUAAUGAUAAUUCUCCGGUGUUUACAAAACCGGACUAUCGUUUCAUGGUAACUGGGGUCAAAACAACAAACGCCUAUGGCAAUGAAACUAUCACCUGGGAGCGAUUCACCAGUGUCGGUAAGGUCGAAGCUAAGGACGCUGAUGGCGAUAAAGUGGCCUAUCGUCUGUUGAAUCCCAGCAAUACGGUGGUCAUUGUGCCCCAAACCGGUGAACUGCUGUUAGCCGGUGAACCGGAUUUUUCUGAGCUGUUCAUAGAUGUGGAAGCCCACGAUAUCCGUACACCCAGUGUUAAAAGUGAAAAACCUGCUCGCGUUCUGAUAGAAUUCGUAGCUCCAGACCCAAUCCCAGUGGUCGUCCAGCACCUGAAUCACGAAUAUCAGCACUCGCAUCGGCGUGACAAGCGUCGAGUAACACGGGCCGUUCGGCCAACCAAACGUAUCGAGUUUACCGAAGCCGAUGGCGAUACGGAAGGCCGUAACGUGUUCCAGCUGGAGAAGGAAACCGACCGGGAAACGUUCAAGAUACGGGACGAAAACCCGUGGGUGACGGUUGAAACCAACGGAGCCGUGCGUGUCAAAAAGAAGUGGGACUACGAGGAACUAGGACCGGAGAAAACGAUCGACUUCUGGGUUAUCAUCACCAACCAGGGACAUAACGCUGGUUUGAAAUAUACCGACAAUCAGCGGGUGAUCAUUCACGUCAAGGACGUCAACGAUGAGCCCCCGUACUUCAUCAAUCGCCCCCUGCCGAUGCAAGCGGUAGUGCAGCUGAAUGCUCCCCCAAAUACGCCGGUGUUCACCCUGCAGGCAAGGGAUCCCGACACGGAUCAUAACAUUCACUAUUUCAUCGUUCGAGAUCGAACCGGUGGCCGGUUCGAAGUUGAUGAACGGUCCGGUGUGGUGCGUACGCGUGGCACCGAUCUGUUUCAACUGGACAUGGAAUACGUGCUGUACGUGAAAGCCGAAGAUCAGAACGGCAAAGUGGACGACCGGCGCUUCCAAAGUACCCCGGAGGAACGGCUUUCGAUCGUAGGUGGCAAACGAGCACCGCAGUUUUACAUGCCGAGCUACGAGGCUGAGAUCCCGGAGAAUCAGAAGAAGGACUCGGACAUCAUCUCGGUAAAAGCGAAAUCGUUUGCCGACCGGGAGAUUCGUUAUACGUUGAAAGCUCAAGGUCAGGGCGCUGGAACGUUCAAUAUCGGGCCUACAUCCGGUAUUGUAAAGCUGGCGAAGGAAUUAGAUUUUGAAGACUUGAGGCAGCCGCACGUUUAUUCGCUGGUGGUAACGGCAACAGAAGAUUCCGGAGGGUUUUCAACAUCGGUGGAGCUCACAAUCCGCGUAACCGAUGUGAACGAUAACGCUCCGAAGUUCGAACUGCCCGACUAUCAGGCGCAUAACGUGGACGAGGAUAUUCCUCUCGGAACCAGCAUCCUCAAGGUGAAGGCAAUGGAUGCAGAUUCGGGAGCGAAUGCGGAAAUCGAGUAUCUCGUAUCCGACGACCACUUUGCCGUUGACUCCAACGGUAUUAUCGUGAACAACAAACAGCUGGAUGCGGAUAACAACAAUGCCUACUACGAGUUUGUAGUGACCGCAAAGGAUAAGGGUGAACCGGCCAAAACCGGAACGGCUACCGUGCGUGUGUACACCAAGAACAAGAACGACGAGGAGCCUAAAUUUUCGCAACAAGUGUACACUCCUAACGUGGACGAGAAUGCAGGACCGAAUACUCUCGUAACCACCGUCGUGGCGUCCGACAAGGACGGAGAUAAUGUGCGAUUUGGUUUCGUUGGCGGUGGAACCAGUAGUGGUCAGUUUGUGAUCGAAGAGAUUACCGGCGUUAUUCGGUUGCACAGCAAAGGGAUUUCGCUCGAUCGCGACAAGUAUGAGCUGAAUGUAACAGCUAUGGAUGAUGGAUCGUGCUGCAUUAAUGGCGAUGCAACGAUCCACACAUCUACAGCUGUUGUCGUGGUGUUCAUAACGGACGUGAACGAUAACAAGCCGGUAUUCAAGGACUGCGGCACGUACUAUCCGAAGGUGGAGGAAGGCGCCCCGAACGGUAGUCCGGUGAUUAAGGUUCAGGCGACCGAUGAGGAUAAGGGUGUCAAUGGGCAGGUGAAAUACUCAAUUGUUCAGCAACCGAAUCAAAAAGGCACCAAAUUUACGGUCGACGAAGAAACGGGAGAGGUUUCCACCAAUAAAGUAUUCGAUCGUGAGGGUGACGAUGGAAAGUUUGUUUCCGUUACGGUGAAGGCUACCGAUCAAGGUGAACCUAGUCUGGAAGGUGUCUGCUCCUUUACGGUUGAAAUUACCGAUGUAAACGAUAAUCCUCCACUGUUUGAUCGACAGAAAUACGUGGAAAAUGUCAAACAAGACGCCAGCAUCGGUACAAAUAUUUUGCGUGUGUCGGCCUCCGAUGAGGACGCUGACAACAAUGGAGCCAUCGUGUACACACUGAGUGCACCGCACAGUCCGAAUGACCUGGAGUACUUUGAAAUUCAGCCCGAGUCCGGCUGGAUCGUACUGAAGAAGCCGCUAGACCGCGAAACAUACAAACUGGAAGCAAUGGCCCAGGACAAAGGAUACCCGCCACUGUCACGUACGGUCGAGGUGCAGAUUGACGUCGUCGAUCGGGCAAACAACCCACCGGUGUGGGACAACACAGUUUAUGGUCCGAUUUACGUGAAGGAAAAUAUGCCGGUCGGCGGAAAAGUCGUUUCCAUUAAAGCCAGCUCCGGCAUCGAAGGAAACCCGACCGUGUUACCGGUUGAUGCCGGGGUCGACGGCGCAAACCAACAAGCUACAUACGUUCUACCUGCAGCAGCGUCCUGACAAUGGCGAUACGUGGGCGGACAUAAAAGUCAACCAUCCGCUCGAUUUCGAAACGAUAAAGGAGUACAACCUGACCGUGCGAGUCGAGCCAGCGUCUCUAAAGUGGUACUGUUCAAAUGUAGGACACAAUCCAUGGUCGGCCUGAAAGAGAGCGUAAGAAACGGGGAAAACCAGCGCCCUCAUUUUUCCGCUGUUCCAACCAACCAGCCAGCGCUAGCGGCCUGCCCGCAGGACCAGAAAAGUAAAGAUAAAUCGAACAACGGCGCCCAGCAGCUGGCAUCGGAAGCGACUGUUUACAUACAAUUAGAGGAUGUAAACGACGAAAUUCCUCUGUUUACCGAACGUGAACAGGAAACGGUCCUGGAAGGGGAACCGAUCGGCACUAAGGUUACGCAGGUGAACGCCAUCGACAAGGACGGAACAUUCCCCAACAACCAGGUCUAUUACUACAUCGUGGAUUCACCGCGCAACGAAGGGAAGGAUUUCUUCGAAAUUAAUCUUCAGAGCGGUGAGAUUUUCACCAAGGUUGUGUUCGAUCGAGAAAAGCAAGGAGCCUACGCGCUGGAGGUGGAAGCCCGUGAUGGAGCCCCGUCGGCGCGACCCAAUAGCAACCAGCAGCCCAAUUCAGCAUCGCAACCGAAAAUGUUACUGGUUGCUGGAUGCUCCGUCGAUGCGAUGGCCAGGAGGUUCCGGAAAAGGUGCUCGGUUACGAACGGAAGGACCAGUAAGGCGACGCGAGCGCGUGCGGUCAAUUUUUCCCCGAUGGGUCGUUUUGCUUUCGGUUCCAAGCUGACGUUGUGGAUGUAA